GCAGCCAGAGCAGGGCGAAUAGACAAGAAGCCGAUGACGCUGCGUCGAGGGACCUGUCAUCUAUGCCCUGCUCGGCGACACCUCUCGUGGCUAUUGUUGAUGGGUCGGAGUGGGCCGACAAGAUACAGAUGCAGCCAGAGCAGGGCGAAUAGACAAGAAGCCGAUGACGCUGCGUCGAGGGACCUGUCAUCUAUGCCCUGCUCGGCGACACCUCUCGUGGCUAUUGUUGAUGGGUCAGAGUGGGCUGACAAGAUACAGGUCCAUGUAAUUUGGAAAAGUACGUAUAUGAAGAUGGGCGGGACUUCUAACCCUAGAAAUGGCAACCAGGAAUAUGCCAGGCACAUGAAACCAGCCAUCCAGAUCAACUUCAGCCAAUGGGAAAUUAGCUCCUUGUCCUUUAAAACUUGUUGCUGCAUCUCCUCCUUCGAGUGGCAAGGCGAUUCUAAUCAUGGGUAUGUUUGACUUUGUCUUCCCAGCUUUUUGUUUGUAACUUUCAACAGGAGGAAUUGGGACAUAAUUUUCGCAUC